UGAGGGCGGCGGCGGCAGGACCGGGAGCAACUCCUGACUUUAAGAAGAAAAAAAAAGCCCCGGUGAGCGAGACAGAAAACAUGGCUGAAGCGGGGCCGGGGUUCCUGGAGCAGCUCAAGUCCUGCAUCGUGUGGUCGUGGACUUAUCUGUGGACCGUGUGGUUCUUCAUCAUGCUCUUCCUCGUCUACAUCCUGCGGGUGCCCUUGAAAAUCAACGACAACCUGAGCACAGUGAGUAUGUUUUUGAAUACGUUGACACCGAAGUUCUACGUUGCCCUGACAGGCACUUCCUCACUAAUCUCAGGGCUUAUUUUGAUUUUCGAAUGGUGGUAUUUCCGGAAGUACGGAACAUCUUUCAUCGAGCAAGUAUCAGUGAGUCAUUUGCGCCCCCUUCUGGGAGGGGUAGACAACAACUCUCCGAGCAAUUCAAACACAAGUAAUGGGGAUUCCGAUUCAAACCGACAGAGCGUGUCAGAAUGCAAGGUUUGGCGAAAUCCACUAAAUCUCUUUAGAGGGGCUGAAUAUAAUCGGUAUACAUGGGUAACAGGACGAGAACCUUUGACCUAUUAUGACAUGAAUCUUUCAGCCCAGGACCAUCAGACAUUUUUUACAUGUGACACAGAUCAUUUGCGGCCUGCAGAUGCAAUCAUGCAGAAAGCCUGGAGAGAAAGGAACCCCCAAGCUAGAAUUUCUGCAGCACAUGAAGCCUUAGAGUUAAAUGAGUGUGCCACUGCAUACAUCCUCCUGGCUGAGGAGGAAGCCACCACUAUUGUAGAGGCAGAGAAACUCUUCAAACAGGCUCUGAAGGCAGGAGAAGGCUGUUACAGGCGUUCCCAACAGCUACAGCAUCAUGGAGCUCAAUAUGAAGCCCAACACAGACGCGAUACCAAUGUCUUGGUCUACAUUAAAAGGAGGCUAGCGAUGUGUGCAAGAAAGCUUGGGAGGACCAGGGAAGCAGUGAAAAUGAUGAGAGAUCUAAUGAAGGAAUUUCCUCUCCUGAGCAUGUUCAACAUACAUGAAAACCUUUUAGAAGCUUUACUGGAACUACAAGCAUAUGCUGAUGUUCAGGCAGUUUUAGCAAAAUAUGAUGAUAUAAGCUUACCCAAAUCGGCAACAAUAUGCUACACAGCCGCAUUGCUCAAAGCAAGAGCCGUCUCUGACAAGUUCUCCCCAGAGGCUGCGUCCCGGCGAGGACUGAGCACGGCAGAGAUGAAUGCAGUCGAGGCCAUUCACAGAGCUGUAGAGUUCAAUCCUCAUGUGCCAAAAUACCUACUAGAAAUGAAAAGCUUAAUCCUACCCCCAGAACAUAUUCUGAAGAGAGGAGACAGCGAAGCAAUAGCCUAUGCUUUCUUUCAUCUUCAGCACUGGAAGAGGGUGGAGGGGGCUUUGAAUCUUUUACAUUGUACGUGGGAAGGCACUUUUAGGAUGAUCCCUUAUCCCUUGGAAAAAGGGCAUCUUUUUUACCCUUAUCCAAUCUGUACAGAAACAGCAGACAGGGAGCUGCUUCCAUCUUUCCAUGAAGUCUCAGUUUACCCAAAGAAGGAGCUUCCUUUCUUUAUUCUCUUCACCGCUGGAUUAUGUUCCUUCACAGCCAUGCUGGCCCUCCUGACACAUCAGUUCCCAGAGCUUAUGGGGGUCUUCGCAAAAGCUUUCCUCAGCACUUUGUUUGCCCCUUUAAAUUUCGUCAUGGAGAAAGUAGAAGGUAUCCUGCCAUCCAGUCUGUGGCACCAGCUGACAAGGAUCUAAGGGAAACACCCCCCCUGCCUCCCCCACUCUCUGUCCCCCGUCCCCAGCAUCGACCCGACUGCCAUGAUACCUUCCAUGCCGACUCCUUGUUGACCGCGAGAAAGCAUGAUUUUUUUUUUUUAAAGGGAAGCCGUUCUAAGACUUUAAAAAAAAUCUUCAUGGAUUGUCUGUUCUCAUAUUAAAAAAAAAAGUUUUUGUUGUACAAAAUACAUUGAUGUUCAGUUCUAUUAUAUUUUGCCUUCAGAAAAGAAAAAAAAAAUCUCAAAAAUAAACUUUUGUGUAUUGCA